UAGUAGUAUUUAAGUGUCCAUUUUACUACACUGACGUCGAUAUGGUUUCAUUAUUCGGAAAUCGAUAAUGAUGCGCUAUAGAUUGAACUUUCCGUAAUUCAUUAUUUAAAAUCAUUAUGAUUCGUUUGUUAUUUAUAUCGUUUCUAUUAUUUAUAAGUGACUUUGUAAAGUGCGGUGUUUUUAAAAGAGAUUUGUUUAAGUUGGAUAUUAUUCAUUAUAAUGAUUUUCACGCUAGAUUUGAAGAAACGACAGUAUCGUAUCCAGUAUGCACAUCGAACGAUACAACUUGCUUAGGAGGCUACGCUCGCUUGUACCAUGAAAUCAAAACACUGCUCAAAGAGAAACCUGACGCCCUAUUAUUGAACGCUGGUGACACAUUUCAAGGAACCUACUGGUACACGUUAUUGAAAUGGAAUAUAACGCAAAGAUUCAUAAACUUACUGCCUAAUGAUGCACACACUAUUGGCAACCACGAAUUCGAUGAUGGAAUUGCGGGCCUAGCACCGUACCUUGCGGCACUCCAAGCACCGGUCGUCGUCGCCAACAUCGACAUAAGCCUUGAACCAACAUUGAAUGGCUUAUAUAAACCACACAUUAUAUUAGAGAGAGCUGGAAGGAAAAUAGGAAUUAUUGGCUUAAUUACUACAGAAACAAAGACGUCGUCGAAUGCAGAAAAUGUUAUAUUUUUAGAUCCAAUAAAAACAGCACAAAAAGAAGCGAAGCUACUGACAGAACAAGGAGUAGAUAUUAUAAUAUUGUUAUCACAUUGCGGUCUUGAUAUUGACAAGCAAAUAGCAUCAGAAGUUGGAGAAAACAUUGACGUAAUUGUAGGAGGUCAUUCGCACAGUCUUCUAUGGAAUGGAAAGUCGCCGAGCAAUGAGUAUAUUUCAGGGCCGUACCCUGUACUUGUGCGGACUGAAACAAAUCCUCGUCAUCAAGUUUUGAUAGUGACGGCAGCGUGUUUUACAAAAUAUUUGGGUAACUUGACUGUUUAUUUUGAUGGGGAUGGACACUUGAAGGAUUUCGAGGGUGAACCGGUAUUUCUCAACAGAUCUAUUCCAGAAGACCCUGAUAUAAAAGCCUUACUUCAACCAUAUUCUGAUGAUCUUCAUGCAAUUGUGAACGAAGUUGUUGGUUACGUUGAAGAUGAUUUUCUUGCUGAUGCUUGUGGAUCGAAGGAGUGUGCUAUCGGCGACUUUUUCGCGGAUGCAUUUUUAUAUUCCACAAAGGAAUUGAACGUCUCAAAUCUCACGCACGUAUCUUUCAUAUUGCGUAACAUGAUUCGUGGCUCUAUACCAAAAGGAGAAAUAACAAGAGGCGAAGUUAUAAAUGCGUUACCGUUUACAAACUCGGUGGUAACUUUUUCCCUGCUCGGAAAAUAUUUGAUUGAUGCGUUUAAAAAUUGCAUGAGCAGAUCCUGGGUCGCGAAGCCCUUUCAAGGACCUUGGAUGCCUCAAGUUUCGGGGAUGCGCUUGACUUUGAAUUUAACGAACGAGUUGACCAUUGAAGUAUUAGUUAAAGAAGGUGAAGAUUAUGUACCUUUAGAUCCAGAAAUGGAAUACCAAGUUACAACAUUAAGCUUUAUUGGUAAAGGCGGAAACGGUUUCGAUAUGUUAAGUAAAUAUGGAAAAAACAUGACUGCAGUCGGCAAAGAUAGCGAUGUCAUAGAAAACUAUAUAAAUAAAGUUACACCCAUCACGCCGACGUUGGAUAAUAGACUUAUUGUAAUAAAUUAAUGUAUUUUGUA